UUUGCGGUGCACUGUCAUGUCCACAGAGACAAAGGUCACUCCAAAAUAAGGCAUCAAUUCCGAUCAAGUGGAUACGAGGUCUGUCUCAAAAGGACAAAGAUGCACUGCUUAAGCCGAAAUCCCUCCACCUACCUGGUGAACUCUUACAGUGAUGUGAAGGAAAGGAAUGAACAGAGGAGGGAGGGCUAUGAAGCUACCUGGUUGGACGUGGUAAUGGAAACAAGACCAGAGAAGAAUGUGACUCUAUCUGAAAACAAUUCUCUGCGGAGGGAAACGUAUGAGCAGAGGCAGUUGGUUCAUUUCGUUGUGCGCAGACACAUUGACCAAACGCUCCACAUGGGAAGAUAUGGAGGCAAAAUGCGUAGAUAUGAGUUGCCUUAUGCAAGAAACAUUCUGCCUCUACCACUUUUUGUGCCCAAGAAUAUGGCACAACAGAAUGACUUGAACCAGACGCCCAUCCCGGCAGAGGAUCGCUCCACGGUGGAGUUUGAUAAAGCGUCACUGAUAGACGUUUGCGCGGAGAAGAAACAUUAUAAUGAGAUCGCCAAGGACAUGCCGCCAAUCAUUCAACCGAGCCGCCUAGACUUCAGAGCGUCCCGCGCGUAAUGCCCUGUGCCAAAUCUGUGUGCCAAAGCCCAAGGCAAGGAGACCACCAUAUGGCUGCAGUGGAACGCAGAAUGGCCAGUGGGGCAUUACAAGAACCAGACUGGACUUUGUGUGACUUCCUAAUUGUUCGAAACCACCUGAUGACAACCUGUGAUUGUGAGUUUGUUGUGCCCAGCUGAUCAGUGACUUUGGUCUGUGGUGAAAUAUAUGUGGCACGUUAGUUAGCCUAUUGCAAUUAACUUUUUUCAUAACAUCUGAUACCUUUAGGAGCGUACAUGGUAAAUAUGACACACCUAAUAUAAGCUAUCAAAAUCAACAUUUAGAGUAAAUACAAAAUUAAUAGCUAAUAGUCUAUCCCUGAAGGUGAUGUUAUUUGACUAUUUAAGUUUGAACUGUUAACCGUUAGACUAUUGUCUGAAAAUAUAUUAAAUAAUCAUGACAGGUCGGAAAUAGCCUUGUGGAAUAAACUAAGUAUUAUGAAAGAGUAUGUGAAGUGAGAAAGGUUUGCUGCAGAUUGCCGGGGAGAUCAGAGACAUAAGGACUUUUGUGACAUUCUGAGUGCAAGAGACUCAACGUUAUACUGCCAUCGUGUGGAGGAGUGUAGAAAUACGGAAAGCACUGUGGAGAAGAACUAAACGUUCAUGAUAAAAAAUGUGUUUUUUACUAUGAAUGAAAUAAAGCUGUUAAUUAUC